GUCAUAGUUCAGAUAAUAUCAAUCAAGAUAACGUGUAAUAGUUUCUUGUUAUUUUCACCUUUUUAAUGUCAAAUUUAACCGAGGACGACGUUCUAGGAUAUCUUUCACACUCUCGUGCCUUUCCGUAUCUUCCCUUUGCGAAACACGUUCCAAAGGCUGGUUGCUCUACCGCACAUACACAGUAUUUUGCCAACAACAAUUCUCCUUUAUCAACACUUCUUACUUCAUCAUCGGUGAAGAUUUUAGCGCUUUUAUGCUCUACGACAAAACAGCCGGCUCACCAACCUUCCACAUCGACAGUGAGUUUAGUGCGGGGCUCUUUGGACACCACUAAAGAGCCCUCUGUGGGUAUAGAUAAAGCAGAGAAUAAUGAAGACGAUCCACCUCACAAACGUAGGCGGCUGUCAAAUGACGCCAAGAAUGGGGGGAAUUCUGUAAAAAAUAUGUCAUCGACUUCAAUGGAAGGUGAAAAAGUACCUCUAAAGCGAAGUGAUAGCCCCACUGGAAGUGGUAAUACACAAGAAGUGAAGAGCGGUCAUGAGGGUGGGCCGGACUCUGCGAUGCGCCGUAUUUAUGUCCGUGUGCAGUACGACAAGGCGCUUAUAGAAACCUUACCAUUGGAGAUUAUGCGAGAAAGACACCCUCAGAUAUUGAUAGAUUACUUAUUAUCCUGUUCGGUGUGGUCUUAAUUGUUUUUAUUAAUUGGUAUGUGUGUAUUGAUGCAUUAGUGGGCUGGGAAUAUCCGAUCAAUUUUUUGAUUUGUAGCCGAUCUCAAAA